CGGGAGACGACGGGGACGCAGCCGGAAGUGGAUUGCUUGUCUUAAUAAAGCUAAACACGCGACAGAGAAACAAUAAGGUGCCGAAGUUAGGCUACGUGAGCAAUAAAAGGGGGGCUGUAUACACCACGAGUACCUGCUUGGUUGGGAUGGAGUGAAGAAUCAUCACAGUCUACAUAACCAGAUUCAACUCCACCUCUACCUACAUCGUCAACAGAAAUGACUUUUUGACUGGCUUUCGAAAACGAUGCUGCUCUUCUGAAAACAGCCAUUUUUGUUUUGCGAAUCUUUGAAAUAAACAACCAGUAACCCAUCUUCUAACUUCCACCUGAUCAUUCAGCAUGCCAUCCGCUGAUCUCAUCCUGGUGACCACCGUCUUUAUGGCCUUCAUUAUUACGCUCACGUCUGGUGGCAGGACCACGCACUGGCCCAAACCUCAGAACACCAACAAGCCUCCUCAAACUGGGACCAGUGGUUUCGGUGGGGGAUUAAGGUCUGGACAGAUUGCUACAAAAAACCCAUCUCCCUCCAGCAGCCUGCACACAGAAGAAACAACUGGGUUUAUGACGGAUGGAUACUCCCUGUCCCCAACAGAAAGCAACAUCUUCAACAGUGAGGCUUACCCAACUGAGUACCUCACUGAUGCAAUCCUCCCCCCUGGAAAUGCCCCUGGAAAUUAUACAUUUGACUACAAUGAAUGCUUCUUCAAUGUUUGUGAGUGCUGUCCACCAGAGAAAGGUCCCGAAGGUCCGACUGGCGAAAAGGGGUCACCGGGGGAAAGGGGCCCUCCAGGGUUACCAGGAGAAAAGGGAGAAAUUGGACCCCCGGGUUCUCCGGGACCAGCUGGGUUACCUGGGCUCAGUGGAUUAAACGGAGAGAAAGGUGGAAAAGGAGAUCAAGGGCCAAACGGUUUACCGGGCUCCCCUGGAGUCCCAGGGAAACCUGGAGAAAAAGGUGAUUUGGGCUUCAAAGGAGAGAAAGGUGAAAAUGGAAUCAAUGGGCUGAAAGGAGACGCAGGAGAAAAAGGAGAGCCUGGUCACAAUGGAACUAUGGGCACCAUUGGACCUAUGGGUCCUCCAGGGACAGCUGGGACAAAGGGUCAGAAAGGUGAACAGGGACGUUUGGGAGAAUGUCUGCUUGGUGAGAGAGGACAGAAAGGUGAUCUUGGUGAUCCUGGGCCUCCUGGUCCAAAAGGUGAGAUGGGUCCUCAAGGAGCAAAUGGCAGUGAUGGUUCAAAAGGCGAAAUGGGGCCAGCAGGAGAGAAGGGAGACACUGGUGCAAGAGGGCCUCCAGGUGCAAGGGGAGUAGCAGGAAUGAAGGGGGAGAGGGGAGUUAAAGGUGUACGGGGCCCUCGGGGCCCAAAAGGCGAUCCAGGUGAGAGUUUGGAGCCGGUUCGUUCUGCUUUCAGUGUGGGUUUGUUCCCAAGUCGGUCCUUUCCUCCACCCGGACUGCCUGUGAAGUUUGAUAAGGUCUAUUACAAUGAGGAGGGUCACUGGGACCCGGCACUCAACAAGUUCAACGUCACACACUCGGGAGUCUACUUACUCACUUAUCACAUCACUGUGCGCAACCGGCCCCUGCGGGUUGCCUUGGUGGUUAAUGGGGUGCGGAAAGUGAGGACACGAGAUUCCCUUUACGGCCAGGACAUCGACCAGGCUUCCAACCUUGUCCUGAUGCAGCUCAGCGAGGGAGAUCAGGUGUGGCUGGAGACCCUGAGAGACUGGAACGGGGUUUACUCCAGCAGCGAGGACGAUAGCACCUUCUCUGGCUUCCUGAUUUACCCAAACUCAACUACAAAAACAAGCGCUAUGAAAAAGAUUUGAGUGCAACUUCUAACUUUACAACUUUCUUACGUUAGCUCCUUUUCCAACUGUGGUUUGUAGAGGCUUAUCUCUCAGCUUAUGUUUCUGUAAAAAUGUUGCAGCUUAAAAUUCUUUUUUUUUGUCUUAAGAGUUACUCUGAUCAAACCAAUUACUUUGCAUGUUUUACUACACUAGGACACUGAGAGGGGAUCAUUUUUUUAUUUCAAAUUUUGUUGGUUGAACUGCAUUAAAAUUACUCUGCUUGAAAGAACACUUAUGUAUGGAUUUCUGUUUAUUAAGAGAGCCAGUACUAAUUUCAUGAAGGAUUUGGGAUUUCAGUAAGAAAAUCCCAUCAAUUCUUCAGACCUUAAAUUACCCCAAGUAACCACUAGAGGGCAUAAUAUGCUCAUAUUUGGCAAAAAAUCAUUACUGGGGACCUUAACGUCGCGUUUUGCAUUAGAAGACAGGCAAACAGGUUGUAGAAAGAGACUAAAAACACGAUGUGGCUGUAAUUUUAAUAUCUGAAUCUAAUCACUCGAAAAAAUGAAAAUUAACUUAGAAAAUUAGGAAGCUGUCUGCAAACAGAGAAGGUUAAUAUUAGCGUUAAACAUGAUACCAGUCACAGAACUGGAUGGAAAACACUCAAAAUCUUUUUCUUUCUUUUUUUGGUUUUUUACUUGAUUCACAAAGACUUGGUCUGACUCAUAAUAGUUAAGUUGAAUUACCUUGCUAUAAUUAGAAUGGAAAUAUGAAUAUUAAUAAUCCUGGUUUAUUCUCUUAGUAACUAAUCACAUUUAACAUGAUCAGGACAAAUUUCUCAUGAUUACUGUCAAGCCAACUGAUUGUGUGCAUGGAGU